UUUUUAUUGACUUUGCUAGCAGCAAGUGGUAAAUAUACAAAAAUGACAUGCAUUUUAAAUUUUAUUGCAAAGAGUCAUUUCUCUCGUUGGAAAUUUUUCGCAAAUGACAUAUAUAAAUAACGUAUUUACAAUGAAUUUCAAUUCACCUAACCGAACCAACAACAACAAAAACAACAAAAAAGUGUUUGCAUCGACGGAUGUGAUCGAUAGCAUUGAUCAUUUUAUUGCUGUUAUUAUGGCUGGAAUUCAACUAACGGCUGUUUACACAUUUUCACUGGGACAAAGCUAUCCUCCGAUCGAUCAAGAUGUUACAUUUUGGUGCCUAAAACCUAAGCAGACUGAUUUGAAGCAAACUUUUCUCAACGAUCCAGAUAUCAAGUCAAAAAUCGAUUUUACAAAACCCGUCAAUUUUCUGAUUCACGGCUGGAUGGGCGGAUUGAAUGGAGGCAACAUUUAUCUUCCACCCGAUGUUCGUCCGAAAAAUGGCUGGAUGCGGUCGACAGCUCAGAGUUGGGCCAAAUUUGCCGAUUGUAAUGUAUGUGCUGUGGAUUGGAGCCGACUUGCAAACUAUGAUUAUUCGAUAGCAGCAAUGCGACAUACUAAAAUGGUCACCGAUGCCCUUGAGUAUUUUAUGCAAUUUUUGAUCGACAACGAAAUGGAAAUUACACAAGUUUCGAUUGCCGGCCAUAGUUUGGGAGCUCAAAUUGCCGGUUACAUUGGGGAGAAAUUUCAAGGGGACAUCGAUUCGAUUUAUGGCUUGGAUCCAGCCGGACCGGGUUUUACAUGGCCAUUUGAUUUGGGAAAAUCGACGCGACUUGACCCAUCUGAUGCUCAGUAUGUCCAAUGUGUACUCACGUCUCGUGGCACUCUAGGCACAAUGAAAGAUUGCGGGCACGCGAAUUUCAUAAUGAAUGGUGGCUACAUACUCUACUGCAUUCAUGCUUACUUAAACUUAGCUAAAUUGAAGUCGUUUUUAGGUGGCUACAUCCAACCCGGCUGUUUUUCUGUGCUCUGCAGUCAUUCGUUAGCGCACGAAUUCUUCGAAGAAUCACUUGAUCCAUCCAAUAAAUUUAUUGCCGAAAAAUGCAGCGGUUCGUUUAAAUUAUUUUUAAAGCGAACAUUCUUGCGACAGUCAUGCACAGACGUUACGGAUCGCCUUGGAAUUCAUAGUGCUCGAAUACCUGGCCGAUUUUUCAUAAAAACCAAAUCGUCGUCACCAUACUCACUCAACCAAAAAGAAGAAUAAUACAAUGCUCACCCACCUUUAGAUUUAUAUACACAAACAAAAGAAAAAAAAACCAUGAACAAAAAAACAACAA